AAAAAAACUGGCCACUAUUUUCUGAGUUUACCCUUGCUCAACCUCCCAUUUUCUGAAACACACAUCUUCCUUCUCACACACACAACCAGAUCUUCCCAUUUUGCGCACAACUUUUCCGCCCAUUUUCGCCGAUGUCGAAACCUUGGGGUGGUGUCGGCUCUUGGGCCGCCGAAGCCGAACGAGAAGAAGCCGAGGAGAGAGAAAAUGCAGCCACCGCAACCGCAGCCGCCGCCAAAACAAACACCCAGAGCUUCCCGUCUCUCAGAGAAGCUGUCACAGCAAAACCAAAGAAGAAAAAGAUGACACUCUCUGAGUUUGCUUCUUACGGGUCAAAGGGGACCCAGGUUUCUUCCGGAUCUACCCGUUUAACCCCUGACGAAAUGCUCCAGUUGCCUACUGCUCCAAAGCCACGCGCCGACGAUGAUUUUUCUGGGUCGCGUCUCGGAGGUGGGUUUUCUAGCUAUGGUGAUGAUCGGAGAAACCAACGUCGUGGGUUCGAUGAUGAUAGGAGACAGAAAGGAAGGGAUUUUGAUGCGAUGCCGCCUCCGCCUUCUAGGGCUGAUGAGGUUGAUAAUUGGGCUUCUAUGAAGAAGCCAGUUUCAAUGAUGGAUAGUGGAAGAGGUGGAUUUAGUAGUGGUGGUGGGGGUGGUGGUGGUGGUUCAAGGUAUGGGGAUUUGGGAGGUGGGUCUAGGGCUGAUGAGGUUGACAAUUGGAGCUUCGGGAAAAAGCCACAACCGCCGCCCAGCAUGGGCGGCGGCGGAGGAGGAGGAGGAGGAGGAGGGAGAUCGAGUUCAUUUGGUUCUGGUUUUCGUGAUUCGGGUUCGGAUUGGAGGAGGGGAGGUGGUGAUUUGGGUGGAGAGAGAGAAUUAGGGAGGACUAGAUUGGUGUUAGCUCCUCCAUCAGCAAGAAACGGUGAAAAUGUGGCAAAACCGGUGACUGAGGAAACAACAGCUAGUAAGGCAAACCCGUUUGGGGCGGCGAGGCCCAGAGAGGAUGUGUUGGCUGAGAAGGGUUUGGAUUGGAAGAAAUUGGAUUCUGAAAUUGAGGCUAAAAAGGGGGUAACUAGUGGGAGUACUAGUGGUAGUAGGCCCACAAGUUCACAGGGAAGUCGGCCCGCUAGCUCACAAAGUAACCGCGGGUCGGAGAGUUUAGGUGGUGGUGGUGGUGGUGGUGUGGAGGUGAAGCCUAGAGCCAAGGUGAAUCCUUUUGGGGAUGCUAAACCUAGGGAGCUUUUGUUGGAACAGAAAGGUUUGGAUUGGAGGAAGAUUGAUCUUGAGUUAGAUCAUCGUCGAGUUGAUAGGUCUGAGACGGAGGAAGAAAAGGCUUUGAAGGAAGAAAUUGAGAAUCUAAGGAAGGAACUCGAGAAAGAAUCUGGUAAUGGUGUUCCCCACCAGGAGUCUGAAGGUGAACAAACUAGUUUACCUGAUCUUAUAAAGAGCAAAGAGAGUGAUUUGGAAGCUCUGAUUAGGGAAUUGGAUGACAAGGUUCGGUUUGGUCAGAAAGCAGUGGAAAGGCCAGGCUCGAGGCAUGGCUCUAGGCCAAGUUCUGGAGCUGGGAGAUUUACUAGUUAUCCAGAGAGACCUCCCUCUCAGUCUGGAUCUGUUGAUAAUGGCCGAGUUCCGGAAGCGAUGGACAGGCCCCGGUCACGCGGAACAGGAGAUGUAUGGACAAGACCAGGAGAAGAUAGAAGAGGAAGUUUCCAAGGUGGUAGAGAUAGAGGAGGGUUCCUGGGAAAUAGAGACUUUGACAGGUCUAUGUCAAGAGAUAGAUGGUGAAUUUGAUAAUUUUUGUUCUACUUCAACUCAGUGUGGAUGGAUUCUUCAAAGCUCUCCUUUGACAAAAUAGGGUAAGCAGAGAAGAAGAAUAUUUUGUUUAAAUUUUUAAAGUCUUUGUUGUCAAAUUAUUCUACGGCUUAGAAAACUGGCACUGAUGAUGAUGACUCUUGUUAAUUAAUUACUACUUCGGUAACUUGUUAAUUUUGAUACCUUUGUAAAAUUGCCAUUUUUUGGGUCUGUAUUGAGGCAGGAUCUUAUGGUUGUUCUUUAGACUGACAUGUAAUGGAACAUUAUGUUAUAUUCUUCUUA